AUGGCCAGGUCCGAUUGCACGCAGGAGGCGCCGUGCUACGACCCGGUCAACAAGGAGUGCGUUGCCGGCGAUCGCGCGCGCGACAACGGUGCCGGGCUCGUCUUCUGCGCGCCGCUCGUCGGAUCCUGCACGUACAAAGGGUGGUGCUACGACGUGAACUCACGCUGCGUCUGCACGGGCGUGCGUCCGUGUUUCAAAUUCACACAGGCGUACGGAACGGUCUGCGUGGCAGAAAAUGCCGAGUGCACCGCCGGCACGAGCAUCUACAACGAGCUCUGUCCUCCUAGCGAUGUCACGGUCUCGCCGACGUCAGCUCCCACGUCCAGUGGCGCAACCACAAACAACGCGUCGACACCGACAUCGACAAGACAACCUUUAUCAUGGACGCCCACACCGACGCCCACACCGACGCCCACGCCGACGACUAGCCAUGUGGCCUCUUCGUCGGGGUCCAGUUCGUUUUCGACGAUCUUCACCGUCGGUGGCGUCAUCCUCAGCGUCGUGGUCGUUGCGUACGUGAUCCUCCGGAAGCGUUGUCGCCAGCGCCCUGCGCCGGUGCAGCAAUACCAUGCGUACGAAGAACCGGCAGCCGACCGACCGCUGACGCCCGUGUAUGCCUACCCCAUGGCGACCCAGUCGUACAAGCCAUCAACGGCAACGACCCACGCUACGAGCUCGACGCGAACGACGACUGUGCACUCGACGCAAUCAACGACACCGGCGGUAGCCGCCAUGGAUCCCGGCGCCUUCAACAUGAGCGACUUGGAGAUGUAUCGCAUCUCGGGCGCCGACGUCACGGUCGUGAAAACGCUUGCGAGCGGCGGCUACGGCGUCGUGUCGCUUGCGACGCUGCAUGGCGCGCGCGUCGCGCUCAAGAAGCUCACGGCUGAGAAGGAGUGGUCGUCCGAGGACGUGGCCAAGUUCAUCGCCGAGAUCCGGCUCAUGACCAAGAUGUCGUCACUUUUUAUUGUCGGCUUUGUGGGCGUUGUGUGGACGCGACCGACCGACGUCAUGCUCGUGACCGAGUUCAUGGACGCCGGCGACCUCCGCGACGUGCUCCAGAGCCAACCCGACUUGCUGUGGGCGACCAAGCUCUCGAUUGCCUUCGAUAUCGUCCAAGGGCUCGUCUACCUCCACACCCUCGAGCCCAAGGUGCUGCACCGCGACCUGAAAUCCCGCAACGUGCUCCUCAACACGAGCAUGGCGGCCAAGCUCACGGACUUCGGCAUCUCGCGCGAGCUGGACGACGCGACCAUGACCGCCGGCAUCGGCACGUACCGCUGGAUGGCGCCCGAGGUGCUGCAGGAAGGCCACUACGACGAGUCGGCCGAUAUCUAUGCGCUCGGCGUGCUGCUCACCGAGAUCGACACGCACGCUGUGCCGUACGCAAACCUGCGCAACGCCAGCGGCCGGCCGUACACGGACACGGCGAUCAUGGCCAAGGUCAUGACCGGCGAGUUCCGACCGAGUUUCUCGCAUGCAAGCCCGGCCUGGUACCAAGAGCUCGGCGUUGCGUGCAUGUCGCAAGACCCAACGCUUCGACCCACCGCGAUGCAAGCGGCCUCGACGUUGCAUCGGGAAGUUCGCCGCGUCGAGGGAAAGUAA